ACUCUGGACGACUACCCCAGCGAAGCCCGAAGUUUGUUGCCAGGUGCCUUGCAUGAUUCACAAAGAUAGUUUCCUCAAAGGCUGGGUCGAGCUCCUUCUCCCCGUCAACAGCCUUAAAAAAAAAGAUUACCGUGUACAAGUGGCCAGGACCCUGGGAGGCAUCGCACACUGGCAAAAUGAGCUUCUUGUUCGGAAACCGUUCGUCAAAAACCUUUAAACCGAAGAAGAAUAUUCCUGAAGGGUCUCAUCAAUACGAGCUGUUAAAACAUGCAGAAGCCACCCUUGGCAGCGGCAACCUGCGAAUGGCUGUGAUGCUACCAGAUGGAGAGGACCUAAAUGAAUGGGUGGCUGUGAACACGGUGGACUUUUUCAAUCAGAUCAACAUGCUGUAUGGGACCAUAACAGACUUCUGCACUGAGGAGAGCUGCCCUGUUAUGUCUGCAGGGCCAAAGUAUGAGUACCACUGGGCUGAUGGGACCAACAUUAAAAAGCCAAUUAAAUGCUCCGCACCAAAGUACAUUGACUACUUGAUGACCUGGGUGCAAGAUCAACUUGAUGAUGAAACACUAUUCCCUUCUAAAAUCGGGGUGCCAUUCCCCAAGAACUUCAUGUCUGUGGCAAAGACCAUCUUGAAGCGCUUGUUCCGUGUCUACGCUCACAUUUACCACCAGCACUUUGACUCUGUCAUGCAGCUGCAGGAAGAGGCCCAUCUCAACACCUCCUUCAAGCACUUCAUCUUCUUUGUGCAGGAAUUCAAUCUGAUUGACCGAAAGGAACUAGCCCCUCUACAGGAGUUGAUUGACAAGCUGACAACGAAGGACAGAUAGAUGGAGAGAGGGAUGAAAAAGAGUGAUCCCCUAAUCACACAACUGAUCUCUGUGCCCUCUGUUCUCCUUUGCUUUGUACAGAUGUCCUGCCUUGAUCUAAGCUCAACCGCACGCCAUUGCUACAAUAAUACUAGCUAUGGAGGGAAAAAAAGUAACACUACAUCAGAGAAAAGCCUGUCAAUGAUAUUAACAGUAAAAGGGUUCAAGCUAGCUUGGUUGACUGGUCUUUACAGGCACCUGUUUAUCCACAGGCUUAGUUUUAACAGACAGUGUCUGUCAUAGUAUUUUGAGAAUACCAAGCUAAUGUGUUUAGUUUGGUUGAGCAGUUUGUGGUGGUGUUGUCCCGCGCCUCUUUCAGUUUUCUUAGAGCUUUUAAAGUGUUGUUACAUUACUGCCAUCUAGUGGUAGAUUAGCAUAACCCUAUUCCCACCAGCCCUUUCCAGUCAUCUUUACUAUAUUUUACCUGUUGGGGGGGCAUGCUCAGUCAAAAUAAUGCAGUGACUCAGACAGCAGAUGGAUGAAGAUGAAUUUAGAAAAUAUCAAUAUUUCCUAUGCAAUUAUAGCAACACUAAUACUUUUCUCCUUGCACAAAGAUACUUUGUGUUUCCCAACAAAAUGUAACACUUUUUUAAAUAAUUGGCCACAGUGGCAUGUCCAUUGUUUGAUUACGUUUGUGUUAGAAACCUUUAACAGCUUUCAUAUUUCUUAUUUGCAUGUUGAGAUGCAUUGGUUAUAUUGUGGUGAUCCUCAAGGAGUGCUGGUCACUUUUCUGAUCAGAACACUAUGUUUCUUGGAAAUGAGUUGUAUGAGUAUGUGCGUAUGAGUCGGAUAUGAUGACGAAAUACCGGCUUAAGCUUAGCUAAAGCAUUUUCCCUUUUAAGCAUUCAAUAAGUCAAGACUUAACUGAAGCAUUUACAGCAAGUUAUAUGAGGAGUCCAGAAACUGACAAAACAUAUCAGUCGUGUUUGUUCCUUGUUUGUUUUUGUCAAGGAGUAAGAUUACAAUGCCACACAUUUGAACUACAGUGUAAUUUAGGUGUAUACCAAAAACUGACUUAGUGACAGGAUUAAUGUUUGUUUUGUUUUGUUGGAACUCUCUGGCAUACUUUGAUUGUUGAACUCAUUCUAAUAUGAAUUCGGUGUGAAUUCAAUAUUUGUCAGCAUACACAUUGGUAAGUAGCAUUCCAUGAAUGUAAUGAUCUGGAGCAGCAGGUAACUGUGAAGAUGGCUGCAGUAAUGACGGUGCCAACAGUUACUAAGAAUGCCAGGCAGGUGUUAACUGUUUGAACUGUUGAACCUAAUUUUGCCUCUGAAAUAGAGUAUAUAUUUUCCCUGGACUGUAUAGAUAUGACGUUUCUGAGCAGGAUGUACAUAAUGUUUAAAGCUGUAGAAGAAUGCAGCUGUAGAAAGCAUUUGAAGCGUUACUGAACACACUUUGUUAAACAAAUAUUGAUGCUGUAAAUAUGCCUAAUAAAACUUGUUUGACCAAAGUCA